AUGAACUUAAGCUGUGUUCGCUGCAGUGCCAUCCCGCCUCACUCCCUUGCGACCCUGUCAUCCCUUCUCCCACCUUUCACCCGCCCUGUGGCAUCCAAUCCGGUCAAAGCUGCUGGCCCCGGCCAGCAACCAAUGCUGCCCCUCAUCCCUGACGACCUCAAAUCUGCGCCGCACCCUACCCUUCAAUCAGCGACAGAGUGGCGAGGGAUAAGAACAGCACAAUCCACACCCAUGCAUAGCCGUGAAUCCUCUACGGUACGUGGCAGAGCGACCGACCCUUCCGCACUAGCUCCGACUUUACAAGCCCGCCGCGGUCACUCGGGUUCCAAGAGCCCUGACGUGUCAGCCGGUCGGCCUGCAGGAUAUGACGCAGGAUUGGAAAGACGACCGUCGAAUUCGUACGGCCACCACAGACAGACCUCAAUAGUUCAUGGGAUGCAGCACUCACGGAACCCGAGCAUGGCAGGUUCAACUGCCUCCAGUCCUCUGAGCCCGGAGCUUAUCGCGUCGCUCGGUCGUGGUGCACCCGAUGAAGUUGCCAUUCUGCCCUCGAAGCUAGACCAACCGGAUAUUCAUUUGAACCAUCAGAGUCCCGCCGGAGUGCCAUCGACUUAUGGGUUUUCGGGGGCAUUGAGCACCAUUCAAGACACGGAUGCGGAUGAGAGGAUGGAUGGUAGUCCAGCAAGUCUGGUGCAUAAGCGUAUGAAUUCGGGAGGGAAAUUAAGACGGGAUCGGUCCCAUAGUCGCUCGCAUUCGAAACAUCAUUCUGAAUCAAAGACAGUGGGUGAAUAUGCACUACACCAUUUAUUCAACUCGUUCGUUGGCCAAGCCGACAGUAAAAUUAACCAGGCCAUUUUAAAGCUUGGAGAUUCGGAAGCUCCCGUGGAGGAGGUGUGCGGACCUGGAGCGGACCUGAAUUUCGAUCAGUUGAUUUCGGCUUUGGGACAUAUCGCAAGGCUAAAACCCAAGCCUUUGAUUGAUACGAUCAUGCUUUGGCGGAAAGGGAAAGGAGAUGCGGCCAUCACCGCAAGGCAAAUGUCAAACGAGCAGCCAAAAUCCGGGGUAACUGAAAAUGGUGUACUCAUGCGCCGUAACACGGAGCCAACUCAACCUCCCGCUGACCCCACUGCUCCUUCAGCAGAAAGGCCACAGCCAUCACCCUUCCUUGCCCGUCACGACGACGUUGCGCUGGUCGAACGUCGUGCUACCGUCUCAGUAUACCUAGUAUGUCGAGUAUUAAUUGAGAUCUUCAACCAGAGUAGCUUAGCGUCAAUCACGGUUGACAUGGCAGAUCGGCUGGAAGACAUUGUGUUUGGUCAGCUCAAAACGGUUGAUCCUGAUCAGAUCUCAGCGUCCCCGCUGCGGAUGGCAAACUGGCGGAUAUAUGGUCAAUUACUGGGCAUCAUGAGCGAGCUUAACUUCACUUCUGUUGCGAACCGCUUCCUGGUGGAGCUAGAUCGUUACCAAAAGGAAGAAGCAUCCCGAGGGCCAUCACGCGAGGGAGAUGCAAAGUCCGAGUUGCUCAUCCUAGGCAUGAGAUACCUGCGUCUCCCAAUGGCCACAGACAGCUGGCCAAAAGCUUGCGAUUUUAUGCGUUCACUUGCCCGUUUAUUUGUGAAUGCCCACGGACAAAAGAUUAAGCAGGCCUACUGUUACGUGAUUGAGAAACUGUUAUUGCCCGUGGCAGCAAAUCCCAUCUGUGACCUCUCGUUGCCGAGGUGGAAAGAGUUCCUGGACCUGGUCCAACCCCGCUUGGCGCAGUUACUGACUAAACCUCGCCAUUGGAGUGCCGCAUUCUCCUUAAACGUGUUACUGCUCUGUAUAUCAAAUAAGGACACGUUUUCUUCGCAGUGGAUGUCCAUGAUUUCCAGCCUGCCUCCACGACUCAAAGAUCGUCCAACACGUGCCCCGGCUCUACAGGCUAUAUGCCGCCUGGUUUGGACCUACUUCUUUCGCUUUUCUGACUCUCCUACCACAACUCUCCGGAAGGUCGAAGAAGUGGUGAAAAUAGCUCUUCCAACAGGCAGGCGGACCUACCUCAGCGCGGAGCCAAGUAUCGCCGAUCCUUUGAUUCAACUGAUUCGAAUGAUCGGUUUCAAACACCCCGAUGUCUGUUUCCGUACGAUUAUAUUUCCUUUAAUUAAUUCCGACUUGUUCCUCUCGGGUCGAGACCUGAAGAUCGAACAAAUGGAACCGGAGAAAAUGGUAAUCGGAAUCCGAGCCUUCCUUGCAACCAUGUCAGAUCUUGAAACAAGCGACCAGCUCUGCCCUCCUUUCCCAACAGGCUCUCUCCCGAACCCUUUCAUGGAUACCUCAAGCCCAAUCAACUUCCAUCGUCCACAGCUACUCACUGAGCCCAAGUUUGGUGUGAUUUCCGAGAAGUCAGACCCAUCGUCUUCCUGCCCGGUUAAUAUCUCGAGACUGAGUGAUAAUGUCAAAGAAUACUACCUACGUUUCUGUGAGGUUCUUGGCAAGAUUACAAUUCUUUGUGAUAACACAUUUGGUGGCCAGGCAGUCUUGGAUGAGAAGUUUGGCGGCUCAACGCCGAAAACCCCCAUCACAGAGGCAUUUGGGUUCGGGCGACGUGAUGACCAUAUAAAUACGCUGGAUCAAAAACAAGGGUUUUAUGACCUUCUCCACGUGGCCGUGCAAGCGUUACCCCGUUGUCUUUCAGACCAUAUACCAUUUAACUCAUUGAUCAACCUCCUUUGCACUGGAACUGCUCACGUCCAGUCCAAUAUUGCCACGUCCUCAGCAGAUUCGUUGAAGGCGAUCGCCAGACAAUUGCAUGCCCAGCAGGUAACUAUCGGAUUCGCGAGGUUCAUUUUCAACUUUGAUGCCCGGUAUUCCACCAUGUCUGAUGAAGGCAUGCUGGGUCCUGGCCAUAUAGAGUCGACAUUAAGACUUUAUGUCGAGCUGUUGCAAAUUUGGAUUGAUGAAAUCAAGCAAAAAACCAAGGAAGCCUCCUCGGAUCAGCUUGAAAAAUCCAUUUCGGGCAGUCGAGCUCUACACCUUGAUCUGUCAAGCGUCCUCGCUCAUGUGGAAGAGAUUGAGUCUCACGGUCUCUUCUUCCUCUGCUCCCAAUCGCGACGAGUUCGAGCAUUUGCUAUCAACGUUCUACGCCUCAUUACCGAAUUUGAUAGUGCUCUGGGGAAGGAGAACACGCGGAUAAUCAGAAUUCUGGAAGCGAAUUCUUCACAGAUAUUGGAUGUCAAUGACGAGCAGCUCACCGUUGCAGAGAGGAGUCGAAUCCAAAAAGGCAAAAGACGAAGCACUUCCCAAAACACCCUCAUCGAACUCUGUAGCAGCGAGGUCUCAUAUGACUCGACGCUUUGGGCUAAAGUUUUUCCGAAAAUCAUCCGCGUCAGUUUCGAGACAUGUCCGUUUGCCGUAACCCUGGGAAGAGAGAUUGUCUGUGCCCGUCUGGUUCAGAUGCAUAAGCUCAUUUCAUCACUUGCUGAAAGCACGAGAUUCCCGCAAUACUCACCAGUAGAUAUCUACCAACGGGGUCCAAUGGGACGAAGCAAUGUGACUGCGGAAAUUCUGGUCGAACAAUGGAAACUUUACCUUGUCAUGGCCUGUACCACAGUCACUAGCGUGGGCGCUCAAUCCCAAAGUCAAUUGGCGAAUGCUCAGCUUCAUGCUCGCAAGACGUCGAAGGGAGCGCAGCAGUCCCAAGACAAAAUCAGCUCUGCGCGAAGCCUCUUUGCAUUUGUUAUUCCGCUCCUUUCUGCUGAACGGGAUUCUAUUCGAGCCGCUAUCGUGAUUGCCCUUGGUUCCAUCGCCAAAAAUCUUUACAGGACCUUGCUAGAAUCCCUUCAAUAUGCCGUGACAACAUGCAACGAAGAAGCUAAAGUCCGGAUUGGUACCCACCAUCGUACGCCUAGCAGUCCUCGUCGAAACCGAAAAACAGACCGCCUUCGCACUGAAGUCACCCACGUGUAUAAACUCACUUCCCAUUUCCUUCGCGAACCCGAUGUGUGCAACGACGACUGGAUCGUCAAUAACCUGAUCACGUAUGCAAAAGAUAUCCGAAUUUUCCUCAGUGAUGCGGAGGUUCAGAAUGACUGGGAAUUUCAACGGCUGCGAUUUCAUUACUGUGGCUUGAUGGAGGAAGUAUUCGAAGGCGUCAAUCGGACAAAAGAUCCGUCUCGCUGGAUUCCCUUUGAAUCUAGAAAAUCCUCUUUCUCAUUGAUGGAAGACUGGUGUGGUUACUCCCCCAACCAGGCUCACAUCAAUGAACGAGAAGACAAUAUGCGCAAGUUUGCCAUGGCCCAACCGCAAGACGGUGGCGAGUUGCGUAAUGCCGCUGCUGCAAUGGAGAUUGAGAAAAAGAAUCUCCGAGCAGCUGCUUUGAGUGCAAUGGCCUCUCUGUGUGCUGGCCCGAUUAGUAUCACUACAGAAAGUGGAUCGGUGCUUCAAUUUGACGUCGGCCGUAUGCUUUCUUGGAUUGAUAUAAUUUUCAAUACCAUCAGUGAUAAGUGGCAUUCGAUCGGCCGUCGUGCUUUGAAAAACCUUAUCAUUCACAACCAAGAGCAUGCUUAUCUGGUUGAACGAUCUAUCGAGAUGUGCUAUGUGGCUGAGCGACCAAAAGCUCUUGAAAGCUAUUUCGAAGUGGUGACUGAAGUCUUGAUUGAGUACCCCGACUAUCCCCUCCGAUUCUGGAGAAUUCUAGGUGCUGUCCUCGUAACUCUUGGCAAUGAGAAGCGUGAGAUCCGGAUGAAGUCGGCCAAGCUACUCCGCCGACUUGAAGAGCGCCAUCAGAAAAACUCACGGAUUCAAGACUUCGAUAUCAGUAUCUCAGAUAAGACCACAGCUGUUUACAAGUUGGCUCAGUUUGAGACUUCGAAACGACUGGCGGUUCAGCACUCCGACUUGGCAUUCAAUCUGUUCUCCGAGUUUACCCAGCACUUCCGUAAUCUGCGCCCUGACAGUCAACGCAAUAUGGUUGCUGCAAUUCUGCCAUGGGUCCAGACUAUGGAGCUGCAGGUUGAUCCUAAUGGUGGGCCAACCGGCAGGUCUUACAUGCUUCUUGCAAAUCUCUUUGAGAUCACCAUCCGCUGUAGCACCAUUCUGCCAAAUCAGGUCCAGGCAUUAUGGCAAGCGCUGGCCACCGGCCCCCACGGAGGUAACGUUCAGCUGGUUCUUGACUUCAUUAUUAGCCUCUGCCUAGAGCGGAAAGAGCAAAACUUCGUCGAAUACGCCAAGCAGAUCGUUGUAUUCCUGGCAGGAACUCCCGCUGGCUCAAAGGUCAUUGAGUUUUUCAUGCAGCAAGUCGUUCCAAAGAACAUGGUGCAGGAGCGAAAGGAUCUGACUCCGCCCCCACCUGAUCUCGCGAGCUUGCCUUACGUUGCUGACCUAGCGUCGGUACUUCCUGUGGGCAACAAACAAGCCGGUCUUUCGCUUGGACAGGUAGCUCUAAUUUUCCUCGUUGAUCUCAUGGUGGCGCCCGUCACACUAGCUAUGGAGGACGUUAUCAAACUUCUGCAUGUGGUACUUAUUCUUUGGGAUCACUAUACCGUGACUGUGCAAGAGCAAGCUCGUGAGAUGCUGGUUCAUCUAAUCCAUGAGCUCAUUGCUGCUAAGCUAGAGGAUGAUGCGCCUGCAGGCGCUCGACAAUCAAUUGAGGACUUUGUCGAGGCCAUUCGGAAGAGUGACCCAGUCGUUGUCUGGGAGUAUGAGGAGAACAAUGGGAAAGAUGAAGAAGUUGAUGAUCGCCGAGUGCCGCCUGCAAUGGCCGCCGCAACUCGAGAUGUUAUCAAGUUUUUCAGUUAUGCCUAUGAGGGUGUGGGUGAACUCUGGGCCAAGGAGGCGCUGAACUGGGCAACCUCAUGUCCUGUUCGUCAUUUGGCAUGCAGGUCAUUUCAAAUUUUCCGUUGUAUUUCGACCUCAUUGGAUUCACAAAUGCUGGCAGAUAUGCUUGCCCGCCUUUCGAAUACAAUUGCAGACGAAGAAACCGACUACCAGACCUUCUCCAUGGAGAUUCUCACUACCUUGAAAAUCAUCAUCAGUUCUCUGGCCCCGGCGGAUCUCUUACACUAUCCACAACUUUUCUGGACGACGUGUGCUUGUCUCAAUACUAUUCACGAGAGCGAAUUUAUCGAGACACUCGGCAUGUUGGAAAAGCUCCUGGACUCGGUGGAUCUCAGCGAGCCUGCCGUGGUGGCACAGCUUCUUGAGGGACAGCCACCUAAAUGGGAGGGUGGAUUUGAGGGUCUUCAGGAUUUAGUAUUCAAAGGACUUAAAUCUUCCAAGUCAUUCACCCGUACGUUGGAUGUACUCCAUCGCCUCAGUGGACUUGCCAACAACCCUCUCAUCGGAGACGGAACACGACAGCUCUUCACGAUUUUGGCCAACCUGCCUCACUUCCUCGAAUGCUUCGACCAGGAUUUCUCUGAUCCCAAACCCGUCAUGCAUGCUAGUUUACUGGCUCGCGUGGCGGAGAUCGAAGGAUGUCCCCGGCUCGCCGCAUCCUUGUUUGGUUUUGCGAACCAGCAAUACAAGACCGAGGCUGUUUUCCUCGAUCAUAUAAUCACAGAGAUCAAGUCGUACUACUUCCCGCAGCUGGACUUUCAGUGCCUGAUCUUCCUUAUGGGGCUUCUCACCAAUACAACGGAUUGGUUCAGAAUUAAGACCAUGAAGAUUCUCUGUGUCUUGAUCCCUGAGGUCGAUAUGCGCCGCAAUGAAGUUACAUGCCACGGUCCGGAUCUGAUCUCGCCUUUGUUACGAUUGCUGCAGACAAAUUUGUGUCCACAGGCCCUUGAGGUUUUGGACCACAUAAUUACUGUUUCUGGCAAUCCAAUGGAGCGUCAUCAUCUUCGGAUGAGUAUGGCCUCUGCGACUUCGUCGCGUGCUAUACGCAAAGAAUACGAGCGGAUCCAAAGUCUAUAUGGAAUUCCGGAGCCAACAGGCUGGUCAGUCCCGAUGCCUGCGACACAGUCGACCAUGACUCGCCAUAAUGUUCACGCGGUCUUCUACACCUGUGCUGAAGCCGAAGAUAUGAAUCGUCGGGACACCUUGACCCCUGAUGUGGAGUUCCGUGCCGAUGAGUAUAAUGACUCGUACUUCCCAAUGAGGGCCGAUACGAUGAAAUCAAUCGAUACACAAACCGACGGCAACAUAGGUGAUAUUGUCCAAAAGCUGGACAGCUUGGAUGACUUCUUCGAAGAUACAGAUAAUGUUCCAACGCUCAACCCGGUGGCUCCGCCCAUGCUACGAGGAUUCACUGGAAGCUACGUUGACACCAACGCCCAUCUAUAUGACCAGCAAACUGCACCUAUACUACGCAAGUCUCUUGCAAGAACUGGGUCCACCUCUUCCUUCCACAACGGCCUUGCAGAAUCCCGCCCACCCAACUUCCGCUUUGACGCUCCUGGCAUACCUUCCCCAGUAAGCGCAGUGUCUCAAAGUACACUUGGCAUAGGUCUUCGGCCCGUCUCGCACACACGGUCCGUUACUUCACCUGCCAAUAAUCUUUUUGUCCACACUGCUCCGACAGGCUCUCAAACCACUCCUCUAUUGAGUUUCGGUGACUCGGCAUUCCUCUCCGAUGAUGACAUUGAAGAGACACAAUCGGAUUUCGAGGACCGCCCAACGACCGCAAGGCGAGUCCAUCCACCAAUGCCACCCAUGAUCCGCAGCGCAACAGAGGGCGCCGGUUCGCAUUCAAUCGAAUCUAUGAUCCGCAGUGGCAUGCGUCGACUAACCGGCGGCGCGGCCAAUAACCGUGAAAAGGAACGCCAACGCGAUCUCCUUCGUGCCCAACACCGCGCUAUGGUCCAAACUGCAAAUUCUCCCCGUGUUCCCAAAGUACCGGAGGAGUACCUUGCUGGACCAACAAGCCAUCCCACGUCACCAAGAUCCUAG